AACAAUGAAAACCUCUCUCGACACAAAUUCUGAGUUUCUCAAGAACUGUCCGUGGGAUGCUUCUAUGUGGUUGACACACAAGGGCAGGAGAGAGAUUAGACCAUUAUCUAAUUUCCCACAAGUUUCGCUGAAAUGUACGUCAAUGAUUCUAGACACAGUGAACUUCAGUAUUGACUAUUCAUCACCUUUCAUCCCCAGCGUAUAUAAGAGCCUGCAUAACACCGAGGUCUCAGGAAGUAUUUUAAAUUCUCCACCAUACAAAACAGCAUAUUCGAUCUCAGAAGACCAGGAUUUACAAUCCAUUAAAAAAGCUGAUAAAAGAGCCCAAGAGCACACAAAUGUGCACCUUACAAUGCAAUACCUAGGGACGGGCUUCUCGGUCACCAAUGAAAUUGUAAACCCAAAGGAUGAAGUGAGAAUGUUUCAACAAGCCUGCGGAGGGGAGAACUUAUGUGUGUAUAAGGGCUACCUGAGCCCUGGAGAGACUUUCCAGUUUCUAUCCAAGCGCCAACAUGGAUUUCCAUUCAGUGCUAGCGUGUAUAUCAACGGACUCAUAGUCACUCGAUUAAGUUCCUGUUGCGAGUACAGGUACCACGCAGGAUUUCAACAGGGCAAGCGGGGCUGCUUCAGAGUUACCCAAAUCAGUGGAGGAACGCCUUGCUACAGGUGUACUGAUUUCCACAAUCAAAAACAGAUCCAAAUAAAACCCAAAGAGGUUCCGGUGAUGGGAAACGAGUACCAGGGAUUGGCCAAGCGCAGUGAAAGCGUUUUUAGAGAGAAUCAGUUGAAAGACUGCGCUCAAGGAUCCGGGCAUCUUGUGCCAAGUAACGUAGAGGAUUCCGCAAUUAACACUUGGAACAUCAGAAAACCAUAUCUGGGGUCAGAAAUACCCGGAGGAAUACCCCAUCAGAAACCAAACUUGCGACCUAUCCAGGUAAAUACUGCCAAUCAGAGAAGAAGGCGAAAGAAGAAGAGAGCGCCAAAACAAGAGUCUGACUCUGAGCAAGAGAAUAUACAACGUAUCAAUGAUAGGAGAUACAGGAAAUCAAAGACACGUCGACCAGAAACAAGAGAUCACAGGAGAAGUAGCAGAACACGGUCCCUUAGUGGAUGUAGAGAGAGCAACAAUGAAACAAAGUAUGUUCAAUCAGGAGGGGCAAAAGAGAGGUUUAUCAUCCCUUUUGAAGAAGACUUUGCAACCGUGAGAGGCACAGGUCAGAUACAAUGUAACAGCAAUCCAGUUUAUAUACUUUUAGAUGACUGCAAGUUCCCCGGAAACCUCCCAGGGGGCUGCAUGGAAAAACUUAUGGAAGAUGAAAAAGCCAUCAAUCAAGAAAAUACCGAUCCAGCAUCUUUCCGAAAAACAAGAACAGAAUGUAAAUUAUCUGAAAUAGACAGGCCCAUACACACUAAACUCGAAGCAGCUUUGGCAGAGGGGGACGCCCUGUGCUCUGAAGUUGAACUGAGUGAUUCCAGUGACAGCAGUGAGAAUCGAAGCACUGUAGCACUGGAAAUUGCAGAUUGUCAAAUCAGCAACACAGAGAGAGCAAACAUCGCAUUGCCAGUCACUGACCUGCAGGAGGCAGCAAAGUCACAUGUAAAUGAAGAAAAUGUAUCAGAAUUUAAGGGACCUGAAAUUGGUUUGGAAACUCCAGAAGGAGAAGAGGAAAGAAACUCCCUCGUUAGCCAGAUUUCAGCAUUGAGCUCUGUGCUCCAGGACUGUGAUGAAGUCAAUGAGCUCAUUCUUAGAAACACGGGAAUGACAGACUCCUUGCUUCACCUCCUCACCACCGCCAUCGUCAACAGCAAGUCCCAAGUGGAGAGUGUUAACCUCAACCUGAACGAGAUUGGCCCAGAGGGAGCAAAGACUAUUGUCCACCUACUAAAGGAGAAACCGUGUGUGAAAAGCCUGCUAUUAUAUGGGAAUAAGUUUGGAGAUCCUGGGAUUAGGGAACUAAUGAGCAGUCUAUCGAUGCUAAACAAUUCCAAAUGGGGAAUCACGCCGAAUAUACGACAUUUAGAACUCACGGAAUUGGACAUAGGAGGCAACCAGCUUAGUACUGAAGGACUUCGGAGUGUUGCAUUUUUUCUGAGGCUUAAUCCAACGGUUAAAUACCUGGGCCUAGCUAAAAUCAGUGUAAAUGACUGGGAGGCCUGGAAAGAAUUGUUUGAUGCAAUGAGAAACAAUACAAAUAUUAACCAUGUGUUGCUGGAUGAGAAUAACCUAGGAGACAGAGGGGCUACCCUGCUGGCUCAAACUCUACAGAUUAACCAAAGUUUGGUCAAGAUCGACCUUGACAGCAAUGGCAUAGGAGAUCGAGGAGGUCAGGCCAUUGCUGACAGUCUGACAUCCAAUAUGUGCAGUGCGGUUAAAUGCAUAAGCUUGGAAGACAAUCCGAUCAGCACAGAGAUGAUGGACAAGAUACAAACAUUACUAGAAAAUAAACAAGUCUGCUUAAUUCCUACUUGAAAAA